GCGGGGAAUCCGGCGCAACAUGGCGGCGGACGGCGACGGACGGUGAUGUUUGACGCGCGGUGCUUACGGUUACGUUCGACUCGUUGUUGAUGCGUCGGCAACACUCGGUAACUGGCUAGCGAGGCGAUACGUACACGAGCAUACGGAACGUGCAGCCCGUGCAACCGGCACGAGCAUUACCCUACUACGCGAGUAUUACGCGCGAUCGGCGAGGAGGUUUAGUACGAAGAGGUGGUAGUACGCGAAGCUGCGGUGUGCGCGUAGUGACAAGGCAACAAGAUGUCCAAGCCGGACGAGAACGCGGACACCGGCGACACCGGGGACAACUCGAACGGGUCCUCGGCGGAGACGACGUCGUCGCGGGGCGGCGACUUCGAGACGAAGCUCGAGACGGACCGUAGCAAGCGGUUCGACUACCUGCUGAAGCAAACCGAGAUAUUCUCGCAUUUCAUGACGAACAAUCAGAAGGACAAGGCCGGCAGUCCGCUCAAGAUCAGGGCCGGCCGGCCCAGAAAGCAGCAGCCGGAGAACGUUCCCAAGUCGGACACCACCGGCGAUCACCGGCACCGCAAGACCGAGCAGGAGGAGGACGAGGAGCUGCUGGCGGAGAGCAACGCCAGCGUCACGCCUACCACGCGCUUCGAGUCGUCCCCGCACUACAUCAAGUCCGGUGAGUUGCGCGACUACCAGAUACGCGGCCUCAAUUGGAUGAUAUCGCUCUACGAGCACGGUAUAAACGGUAUCCUGGCCGACGAGAUGGGUCUCGGUAAAACGCUGCAAACCAUCUCCCUGCUGGGAUACAUGAAGCACUUCCGUAACAUACCCGGCCCACACAUCGUCAUCGUGCCAAAGUCGACGCUGGCCAACUGGAUGAACGAAUUUAAGAAGUGGUGCCCGAGCUUGAGGGCCGUCUGUCUGAUCGGGGAUGCGGAGACCAGGAACACCUUCAUCAGGGACGUGAUGAUGCCCGGGGAAUGGGACGUGUGCGUGACGUCCUACGAGAUGGUGAUUAAGGAGAAGUCCGUGUUCAAAAAGUUCAACUGGCGCUAUAUGGUGAUAGAUGAGGCGCACAGAAUCAAGAACGAGAAGUCUAAGCUGUCGGAGAUCCUCAGGGAGUUUAAGACUACCAAUCGGCUCCUGCUGACCGGCACGCCGCUACAGAAUAAUCUCCACGAGCUGUGGUCCUUGCUGAACUUUCUUCUACCGGACGUAUUCAACAGCUCCGACGAUUUUGACUCGUGGUUUAACACAAAUAGCUUUCUAGGUGACAAUUCCUUAGUCGAGAGGUUACACGCUGUUCUAAGACCGUUUCUCCUAAGGCGUCUGAAGUCCGAGGUGGAGAAGGGACUCAAGCCCAAGAAGGAGAUCAAGGUGUACAUCGGCUUAAGCAAGAUGCAGAGGGAAUGGUAUACCAAAGUGCUGAUGAAGGACAUAGAUAUCGUGAAUGGCGCUGGGAAAAUUGAGAAGAUGAGGCUGCAGAACAUCUUGAUGCAGCUGCGCAAGUGCUGCAACCAUCCGUACCUGUUCGACGGCGCCGAGCCCGGGCCACCGUACACCACCGACGAGCACCUAGUCUACAAUUGCGGUAAAAUGGUGAUACUCGACAAACUGCUGCCGAAGCUGCAACAGCAGGAUUCGCGAGUUUUGAUUUUCAGCCAGAUGACGAGGAUGCUGGAUAUCCUGGAGGACUACUGCCACUGGCGCUGCUUUCAGUAUUGCCGGCUGGAUGGCAACACCGCUCACGAGGACCGGCAGCGGCAGAUUAACGAGUACAACGCGCCCCACAGCGAGAAGUUUAUCUUCAUGCUGUCGACACGCGCCGGCGGUCUGGGCAUCAACCUGGCGACCGCCGACGUAGUCAUUAUUUACGAUUCCGACUGGAAUCCACAGAUGGACUUGCAGGCAAUGGAUCGCGCGCAUCGUAUCGGCCAGCAGAAGCAGGUGCGCGUCUUCAGAUUCAUCACGGAGAACACGGUGGAGGAGAAGAUUGUCGAGCGGGCCGAGGUCAAGCUGCGCCUGGACAAGCUCGUUAUCCAGCAGGGACGGCUGGUCGACGCGAAGCAGCAGGCGUUGAACAAAGACGAGAUGCUGAACAUGAUCAGGCACGGCGCGAACGAGGUGUUUGCGUCCAAGGACAGCGCCAUCACCGACGAGGACAUAGACACGAUACUGCAGAAGGGCGAGGCCAAAACGGAGGAGAUGAAGCAGAAACUCGAGAGUCUCGGGGAAUCCUCGCUACGCAAUUUCACUGUCGAUGCGCCGACGGACUCCGUGUAUCAGUUCGAGGGCGAGGAUUACCGUGAGAAACAGAAGAUCCUUGGGAUAGGCAACUGGAUCGAGCCGCCGAAACGCGAGCGUAAGGCCAAUUACGCCGUCGAUGCGUAUUUCAGGGAGGCGUUGAGGGUGUCGGAGCCAAAGGCACCGAAAGCUCCGAGACCGCCGAAGCAGCCGAUUGUGCAGGACUUCCAGUUCUUCCCGCCGCGACUUUUCGAGCUACUGGACCAGGAAAUUUAUUACUUUAGGCAAACGGUCGGCUACAAAGUCCCAAAGAAUCCCGAGCUCGGGUCGGACGCCGCCCGAAUUCAGAAGGAGGAGCAACGCAAGAUCGACGACGCCCAGCCGCUCACCGACGAGGAGGUCACCGAGAAGGAGAAGCUGCUGCUCCAGGGUUUCACCAACUGGACCAAGCGGGACUUCAAUCAGUUCAUCAAGGCGAACGAGAAGUAUGGUCGCGACGACAUUGAGAACAUAGCGAAGGAGGUCGAAGGGAAGACCCCGGAGGAAGUCAUGGAAUACUCGGCCGUCUUCUGGGAACGCUGCCACGAGCUUCAAGACAUAGACCGCGUGAUGGCACAAAUCGAGCGUGGCGAGGCCAAGAUACAGAGACGCGCCGGCAUCAAAAAAGCGCUAGACGCGAAGAUGGCCAGAUACCGAGCGCCUUUUCACCAGCUCAGGAUAGCCUACGGCACGAACAAGGGCAAGAAUUACACCGAGGAGGAGGACAGAUUUCUCGUCUGCAUGCUGCACAAACUCGGCUUCGACAAGGAGAACGUGUAUGAGGAGCUGCGCGCCACGGUGAGAUCGGCGCCGCAGUUCCGCUUCGACUGGUUCGUCAAAUCCCGCACCGCCUUGGAACUGCAACGUCGCUGCAACACCCUGAUAACCCUGAUCGAACGCGAGAAUCAGGAACUCGAGGAGCGCGAGAGGCAGGAGAGGAAGAAGAAGGGCGGCAACGUAGGAACGAAGCCGACGUCGAAACGAAAGGAAAAUUUGCCGGCGCCGCAGGACAAACCGCGGAAAAAGAAGAAAUAAACCGACCUGAGUGCAACCUCGAGCGAGUCCUGCCCUCCCUUCCUCUUCCGGACUGUUUUUUAGAACCGGACUCUUUUUCACGAUCCUCGCGCGAGUUAAAUAUGACUGAAAAACGGACCACGGGUAUUCACACAAGGCACUCUUUUCUACAUUGCAAAUUUUAUUUUAUUCUCACCGCGUCCAUGUGUGUGACUCCAGAUCUAUCACUUCAUAUUCCAUUGUAACGAGAUACAUUCUUAGAUUAACUGACUGCCAAGUUCAUCAGGCCUCAUCGAAUUUUGUAGCGACAUGGACUUUAAAUCGUCCACCGUAAUUGAUCUCGAAAAAUGUAUUCGUGUAAUCGCGAAACUAAUUAAUUUUAUUGAUGGUGCAGAAUCGUCGAUACUUACGCCGCAAUAUUUCCCGAUGGACUUGGACAGAACUCAAUAUUACGAGUGUUUUUGCACGUGCUCACGGAUGCCUGAUUAUGAAAUGAAGUAAAGAGAGAGAGAGAGAGAGAGAGAGAGAGAGAACGAAAGAGAGAAUCGUAAGAAAAGUACACUAUUUAUUUUCUCGGGUCUGUCAAAUUUUAAGUUGUUAUUAAAAUUUUUUCACCUUCUCGCUUCGACAAACUUUCGGUUUUAACAUCAUAUAUGUAUCGGUGAAAUUAAGAUAUUCGUAUAAGUUUUUGUUAAUUUGAAUCGUGUACUAACUUAUAGUGUUUCAUAUAUUACGUAUAAUGAUGUGUUGCCACGAAAUUCUUUUUUAUAUGAUAUAUUAAAAAUUUCAAAGUAUUAUGUUGCGGUAUGAUAUAUAAACGGUAUACGCUGAUUUGUUUUAUAGCCAAACGUUACUCCGUAAUACCUAAUUCGAAGUGGUAUUCUUCCACGUUAGUCACGAACGCUGUCACAAGUUUUAAUGAGGAAAACUGCUGUUCUGUCAUUUGAAAAUUACAGCUUUUUAAUACGCGUUGAAUUCCAAAUUUCUAACAGAACUGUAUACAUCUAGGUAGUUUUAUAUUUAAGUUUACAUACAUAAAUCAUACAUUAGACAAGAAUUUGCAAGGAAAUUACGUUUAGAACAUUAAUUAAUAAGAUAAUAAAUAAAUCUUACUAUUACGGAUAAA